AUGAUUAAAUAAGGUAAAUCCAAAGAUACAGCAGUUUUAAGGACACUCAUCAACACUCAAGCAUAAAAUUUUGCUACAAAGAGAUUAUUGAAGGAUCUCAAUAUCAUAGAGAAGGAAUCCAUUCCCACAGUGGGAGUUACUGCUAGACCCCUUGAACAUGACCUCUUUGUUUGGCAUGCAAAUAUUAGAGGUCCUGUUGGAACUCCUUAUGAAGGUGGAAUUUUUCAUUUUCAAUUAUUGAUACCUGAAUCUUAUCCUCAUUAACCACCUAAAAUAGACCUAUUUACUGAAUUACCUCAUCCAAAUGUUUUUGGUAAUUCCAUUUGUUUAGAUUUACUUUAACCAAGAAAGCCUGAAGACAAAAAUAAAUAAUCAGGUUGGUCAAGUGCUUACACUAUCUAAUCCAUAUUAUUAUAAUUAUCAGCUUUUUUGUUUGAAGAGUAAAUUACUGAAAAAAAGGAGAAAUAAUUAGCACAAAUUAAAAAAGCUAUUUAAACUGCAAAUAAUUUUAAAUGUACCACCAAAAAUUGUAAACAUGGUGGAAAACUCUCAUUAUGGCCUUAAUUCAACACUAAGGAAAGUGAUGAAUAAUAAUUUAUUAACAAGUAAACAGAAUAAGAAUUGUUAGAAUAAUAAUUCAUUUGCUUCCAUACUAAAUUAAGUUAUAAAAAACCAUAAAUUCCAUAAUAUGAUGAUGAGACUAAGAUCAAAUAAGAAAGUUGUCUUGGAAUCCUAUUAAAUGUAUCAAAGGUACCAAGAACUGGUUAAAUUAAGUAAGCAGUUCCAUCUUUAGAUUAUGUAUCAAUCAAAGCCUUUUUAAAUGAAGGAUUAAAAUGGGAUUCGUUAAAUUUGAAAUAUACUCAUUGGUUACCUCUUUAUUUUGGCAAGACUGAUAAUAAAGAGAGAGUAUUACAUCUCUUAUAAAGAUCAUUGUCAAUGAUAAUGACAAAUAAUACUAAAAGAUUCAAACCUGAAUUUGUUUUGGAAGUAUUUCCAAAGAUUAUAUAAAGUAUUGUUCAUGGAAUGAUGGCUGAAAAGACUCAUGCAUCAAUUAGAUGUUUAAGAGUGUUAGCUUAAAUUCAUGCUUUAUGGUUAUUAUGUAUGGAAGAAUGGCCUUAACUAUAUUAAUAAGUAGAUGCAAUUAUUUACAAAUUUAUUACUGAUGAAAAGAGUAGAACAAAAGAAUUUACUCCUAAUCUUGGUAUAUUAUUUAAUUUACUCUAUGUAUCUAAAAAAUACACUUUUGGAGAUUUAGUUUAAUCAUAUACAACAGAAUAAUUAGAUAGAUAAGUAUUUUGGUUAUUGAAAGAAAUUCCAGAAUUAGCAGAUGAAAAAUUAGAAGGUGCAAUAAGUGCAACAAAAAGAGUUGAAAUAACAUUUAAAUAAUAAUCAACUUCAUUUUAAAUGGUUUGUUUUUAAUAUAUUUAUUUAACUUAUGUUGUUUAACCAUUAAAGACAUAAAAGGAGAUUUUAGACAGAUUUGAUAAAAAUUAUUGUUUGUUAACAACAGGUAUUGAAAAUGGAAUACAAGAAAAGAUAUUUGAAGCUUUUAAACGUGUAGUUAAUUAUGAUGGGUUCUAUGAUUUUAUAGGAUAAUAAAAGAAAUCUAUUGAAGAAUUGAAUUUAUUAUUAAAAUAAGCUGUAAAAAAUUCUAAAGAAAAGAAAUAUCAUGGCACUGUUGAAGAAAUGAAUUAAUUACCACCUGUAAUUGAUUAAGUGAAGUAAUAUUAAAAAAAAUACUCUAAAUUAUAAGAUUUCUAUGUAAUUACAUCAAAAGAGGAGGUAGAGAUAGAGACAUGGGAAGAGAUAGGGAAGAGCUUGAAAAUUAGAUUAUCUAAUGAAUCAUAUAAGAAACAUUAUUAGUUUAUCAAUUAAUAUAAUUUUUAAAUACAUUUCUUAAAUUUAUGUAAUUGA